ACAGUGGGAAGAUGCUGAUGGACAGGAACGAAACCUGGCUCUCUAAUUUCUCCUCUGCUGCCUCCUCCUUUGCAAGGGGAGGGGCUGGGCUCCAGGAGGUGCUCACUGGGCUGGUCCUCACCCUCAUUGACGUGGUCACCCUGCUGGGAAACACGGUGGUGUUCCUGUGCCCCGUGGUGGAGAGGAGGCUGCGCACGGUCACCUACAUGUUCAUCAUGUCCUUGGCCAUGGCAGACCUCCUGGUGGCCUGCCUGGUGAUGCCCUUCAGCAUCAUCUACGAGGUGACAGGGAUGUGGCUCUUUGGGAAGCUGUUCUGCAAGGUGUGGAUCUCCUUCGAUGUCAUGUUCUGCACUGCCUCCAUUGUCACGCUGUGCUUCAUCAGCCUGGACAGGUACUGCUCCGUGGUCACCCCCUGCCACUACUCCAGAAGGAUGUCCCGGGGCAGAUGCAUCGUGAUGACCUGCACGGUCUGGGUCUAUUCCUCCCUCAUUUCCUUCCUUCCUGUCAUGCAAGGCUGGAAUGAGAUCCCCGGUGUGGACUUUGAUGGGGGCACAGAAUGCAUCUUUGUCACCAACUGGGUUUUUGCCAUCGUGGCUUCUGCCCUGGCGUUCUUCCUGCCCUUCGUGGUCAUGUGCAGCAUGUACUUCUUCAUCUACCGCGCCUCCCGCCUCAAGGCCACGCGCAUCAUGGCCCAGACGCUGCAGAUCCACUACCACCCCAACAGCAAGCGGCAGAAGCACCUGCAGCUGGAGAACAAGGCCACCAGGACCAUCAGCAUCAUCAUCUCAGUGUUUGUGCUCUGCUGGCUGCCCUACUUCGUGCUGAACGUCUGGCUGGCGGCCAGAGGCACCGACUCCGCCAGCACGGUGCUGCUCGGCACCUUCAAGAUCAUCACCUGGCUGGGCUACUGCAACUCCACCAUCAACCCCCUGCUCUACGCCUUCCUCAACAGGGACUUCCAGCACGCCCUCAAGAAGCUGCUCCUUUGCAGGCGCAGGUCUCAGGUGGAUGUUGGGGAAGACAUGGUUUCCAUAGCCACGUUUUCCAAGACUGCUCCCGACCUGGAGUACAGCGUGAUGGUGCCCAGCGGUGCCCUGAAGGGCAAACCCAAGUCAUAGGGAUUCAGGAUCGGUCACUGGAGGUGGUGAUGCAGAAAGUGCUGGAGCACAUACCAAUGGAACACAAAGGGGAAGGAGGGGCUGGAAUGUUACAGCUGGGGACAAUACAACAAAGAUGCAUUUCUUCACCUUCCACAGUUUCAGUGUUGAGGAACUCGGAUACUUUAGGGGCAAUUUGUUAUAGAAACGGAGCUAAUUUAUUCCUGGAUAAUUAUUUUUCUAAUGAGCAUUUCCUAAGACAAAUUCAACCUUCAUGUUGGCUAAAAAAACCAAACCAGUAUGGUAUAAGGUGACCUUGCAUUUGUGCACAUCCUGGUGAUCUGUGUCAAGUGAGAGUUUCUUGCCAAGCCACUGUAGCUUCUCAUCUCGACGUUUCAUUACAGAUUUGACCAGCUUUAAUAACUCCACGUGUGCCAGUCUGUGUAUGGGAAUUAGAGGAGGGAUGUGGCCAAGGAGCAGAGCUCACUUCCUAAAGAGGCACCAAUCUGCAGCCUGGGCUGUUGCUUGGGGUUCAGCUCACUGGCUUCUGCAACAUCUGGAUAUUCAGAGCUUUCUGUGAAUGAUCUGUGGGUUUCCUUGUUAAUUCUGGAAGGGGACAUUCCAUGUGGCAGCCCCAGGAGAUGACAAAGACUUGCUGUAACACCAGGAGCACUGUGGUUUCAAAGCUACAAGUGGCUGACACCAUCCAAAGAUGGGAUGUGAAUAGGAAUUAUUACUUUUGUGUACACUGUGGUAUCUGCCACAGAGACAUAAAAAAAUGAUACAUGGAAAUGAUUAUUUUUUACUACUCCCAAAUCUUGUCCAAGUCAGUGCCCCAAGCACUGGCUCCCUGCAGGAAAGCCACAAGUGUCUCAGUGAAGGGUUACUCUGAAAAGGGGACUGUCUUCAGAGGUACAAAAUGCAGUAGGACCUGCCUGGAACAGCUGAGCUACUGAAGAUGCCAGCACAAGGGUCAGGAGUUUUCUCUCAAGAGCCUGGUAGAAAAAACAGCCUUGACCUGGGCUUCAACAGUGGUUCUCCUGUGAAAUGACUCCAUGGAGAGGGUGAGGUGUCCCAGACCCUACAACUCCAGCAAUGACAUGCAAGUG